GGUCAGGCGCAACGAGACGUGGAGCAUGCCUUCGCGGGGCGGGUGCGAGCAUCCGCGCAGAGUCGUUGCGCUGAGUCCGUGGGAUGACAGGCCCGUGAGGACGAGAACGCUCGACUCCAGGCUCGCGGUCGCCGUGGGCCCGCUGGGCCUGCAGGUCUGCUUCUCGGCCUACAGCCUCACGAUCAUGCCUUCCGCCCCCGCGGGGGACGCGGCGAGCCCGCAGGAGGGCGCCGCCGUCGAGUCCGCCGGCACCUUCCCUGCACAGGUCUCCGCCGCCUCCGAGGCGGGGCCCGCCCGCCCCACCCCCGCGCGCGCGGCGUGCCUUGCAGCCCGCAGACGCGCGAACGGUGUGUUGGCUGACGGCGGCGUAGGAAGACCAACUGUAGGAAGGCGUGGGUCGUGGCCAAGCCAGUUGUGGGAACGCGCGGUUCGUGUCUUUGCCCACACUCCGCUGCGUCUCAGGGGG